AUGGUAACUUUGGUGGUUGUGAUAGUUUUGGGAAACGCUUUGGUAAUUUUCGCCUUUAAAGUAGACAAGAGUCUGAGGAGGCAAAGCAACUAUUACUUCCUGAAUCUCGCCAUAUCGGAUUUUCUUGUUGGGGCAUUCUGCAUUCCAGUGUACAUCCCAUACAUCCUGACAGGGAGAUGGAUGUUGGGCAGAGGACUGUGCAAACUGUGGCUGGUCAUGGACUACUUGCUCUGUACUGCCUCUGUCUUCAACAUUGUCCUGAUCAGCUAUGACCGCUUCCUCUCUGUCACCAGAGCGGUGAGCUACCGUGCCAGACAGGGCAUGACCCACCAAGCCAUCAUGAAGAUGAUAGCAGUCUGGGUCCUGGCCUUUGUCCUCUAUGGCCCUGCCAUCAUCUUCUGGGAGCUGGUGGUGGGGAAGAGCCGUGUCCCGGAGGAUGAGUGCUACGCUGAGUUCUACUACACCUGGUACUUCCUCCUCAGUGCCUCCAUGUUGGAGUUCGUCUCCCCCUUAAUCUCCGUAACCUUCUUCAACCUCAGCAUCUACCUCAACAUACGUCGGAGGAGGCUCCGGAACAGAGAUGAGACGAGUGGACAGGCCCACGCGCCCGAUGGACAGCCCCCUCCCCUGGGGAGAGGGGAAUGCCUCCGCCUCACUUCCCUCUUCUCCCGGAACUCGGUAGUGGUUAAGAAGCUGUCUAGCACUGUGUCGGUCCAGGAGAGGGGAUCAGGCUCGGGGUCCUUCCACUCCCAGAUCUUCCAUCCCCCCUUGGAGCGGCAGGACACCUCCACUAGGGGCACCCAGCGCAGCUGCCUGUCAAGGGACAAGAAGAUUGCCAAGUCGCUGGCUGUCAUCGUGUGUGUGUUUGCUGUGUGCUGGGCGCCCUACACCCUCCUGAUGAUCAUCAGAGCCGCCUGUAAGGGACGCUGCGUCCAGCACCACUGGUAUGAGGUCACCUUCUGGCUGCUGUGGCUCAACUCGGCCAUUAACCCUUUCCUCUACCCGCUCUGUCACAGCAGCUUCCGCAGGGCCUUCGGCAGGAUCCUGUGUCCCAGACGGAGGUCUACUCAGCUGGCCACCAACUGA